AGUGUCAUAACUAGGCUUGGCUUGACAAGACAAGGAUGGGUUCCAAGGCAUUUCUGUUUCUUGGCCUCCUUUUGGCUAUUUUUAUAAUGAUACGCUCUCAAGUUUUGGCGCGUGAGUUGGCUGAGAAUGCAAAAGGAUCUGAAAACAAGAAUGAAGUACAUGAAGACCAUUAUCCUGGUGAUGGACAUGGUGGAUACCCUGGUGGAGGAUACCCCGGUGGUGGACGUGGUGGAUACCCUGGUGAUAGAUACCCUCGUGUAAACCCUGGUGGUUUUCGACAGGGAGGAUAUUGCCAGUACGGUUGCUGCCACCGUAAUGACGAUGGUUGUUAUAGGUGUUGCUCCCACGAAGGUGAGGCAAUGGACAAAGUGACUGAAGACAGACCACACAAUUGAUAUUAAUUAUGUGGAUCAAUAUGUGUAAUCAAAACUUUUGCGUGGCCAGUUAUGUAAUAUAUAGUAAUGUUCUUUCUACUUCAGAGCAAUUAAAACUUUUGUGUGGGCAAUUAUGUUAUAUAAAAUAAUGCUCUUUCUACUUUAGAGAAAUUAAAACUUUUGUGUGAACAGUUAUAUGUAAUAUAUAGUAAUGCUCUUUCUACUUUAGAGCUUACUAUAUAAUUAUUGUGAAGU